AAUCUUGUGUAAGUAAGAGAACAAUCUUCUUUCCUUAUCUAUUGAGUUGUAUCGUGAGGGCCUACUUCGUUUCCAACCGGAGGAGAUUGCAAGAGUGAAAAGAUAGCGAGGGAGAGUAAGAUUUCAACUUUCAAGAUUACACUAACCUCAAAUCUCAGGGAUCAAAAGUGAAUUUUGCCCUUAAACUUAUUAAAAGAUAAAAAUGUUUAAUCCAAACAAUUACGAUGGAAGAAAGGGGAUAGAGAAAGAUCGGAGGGGAUAGUAGGCAUAUGAUAAUUGACUAAUAAUACCAAUUACACAUCAUAACUAAGGCAUAUAGUAAUCAAAUUAAAUGAGGUUAUUCUUCGUGGAGAUAUAUAUAAAAAGAGAAGAUAGUAGGCAUUUUUGUGAACGUGAGUAAAGAAAACUAAUAGGGUGUGUUUAGCCUUACACCAUGCCUCUUUCUGGGAAGCUUGUGUGUGAAUUCGACAUCAAUGUAGCUGCUGAAAUGUUUUACAAAAUGUUCAAAAAAGAAUCUUUCCAUCUUCCUACUAUUUCCCCAAAAUUCAUCAAACAAGUUGAAGUUCAUGGAGGUGAUUGGGACAGUCAUGGUCACGGCUCUAUCAAGAUAUGGAAUUACAUUACUCCAGAUGGUGAAGCUGGAGUUUUAAAAGAGCAAGUGGAGUUCAACGAUGAGAAACUAAUGGUAACUAAGAUUGGAUUAGAAGGGGAUGUACUUAAUUAUUACAAAACCAUCAAAUUUAUAUAUAAAGUCGUCCCAAAGGAUCAGAAACUUAGCCUAAUAAUUCUGACAAUUGAAUAUGAGAAACUCAACCAUAGCUCUCCUUAUCCUUACAAAUACAUGGAUACUAUCAUCGGUUUGACUAAGGACAUCGAAUCUCACCUCAAAUGACAACUCUUGAUGUUGUAAUUGGAGCUUCGGUAUGAUAUCAUUCUGAUACAGGGUCGGUUAUGUUAUGUCGAAUAAGUUAUCUUUAUGGAAAUUAUUAAAUUUCCUUGUUAUUUACCCUUGAACUAAUUAUGUAAGCCUUUGGUCAAAUAUAUAUAAUAUAAAUAAAGUACUAAAAAUAAUAAAAUAAAAAGUAAAUAA